AUGUCAUCAUCUUCAUCCAAUGAAAUGGAAGAAUUGGAAGAAAGAUUGGACGAAGUUUACGAAGAUAUAUGUGAAGAUACCAUCAACAACAUUAUCGAGGUCCAAACCAAAAAGCAAAAGAAACGAGCAUAUAUUGAACGAAACCGUGAAGCAGGACACAUCCGGUUAUGGAAUGACUACUUCUCCGAAAAUCCCACAUAUGAGGAACAUAUCUUCAGACGCCGUUUCCGUAUGAACAAGGAAUUAUUCAUGAGUAUUGUCUAUGCCCUCUCACAGAACGUUCCAUUCUUUCAACAUAGACCAGAUGCUACCGGGAGGCUUGGUCUUUCGCCACUACAAAAAUGUACCGCAGCAAUUCGUAUGCUUUCUUAUGGUUCUGCAGCAGACGCGGUUGACGAAUAUCUCCGACUUGGUGAGAGCACGGCACUUUCGUGUUUACAUCAUUUCACUUAUGGAAUAGUACAGUUAUUUGGGGAGCAGUAUCUACGAAGACCCACACCAGAGGAUCUUCAACGACUCCUCGAUAUUGGAGAGAAACGCGGGUUUCCUGGGGGAGCAUUGACUGUAUGCAUUGGGAGUGGAAAAAUUGCCCAACGACUUGGAAAGGACAGUACCUUAAACGAUAUUAAUGUCCUCGAUCGAUCUCCUGUUUUUGAUGACAUUAUAGAAGGUCGAGCUCCAAGGUUAGAGUACGUGGUCAACGGACACAAGUAUAAGUUGGCUUACUAUCUCACAGACGGUAUAUAUCCAAAAUGGUCAACAUUUAUCCAAUCUAUCUUACGUCCUCAAGGUCCUAAAGCACGAUUAUUUGUUGAAAAACAAGAAGCAGCCCGAAAAGAUGUGGAACGGGCCUUUGGAGUUUUGCAAGCUCGAUUUGCGAUUGUCAAAAACCCGGCUCUUACAUGGGACAAAAAAAAGAUAGGAAAGAUUAUGCGAGCAUGUAUCAUAAUACACAAUAUAAUAGUCGAAAAUGAACGCAAUGGAUAUACUCGCAUCGAUAUUUCGGAAUUUGAAGAAGGAAAUGUCACCAGAAGUUCACACGUGGAAACCCAAACCGAGAUGCCUACAAAUCUGAAUAACAUAUUUGUCAAUCAGAACGAGAGAGAACUUCGGGAUAUCCGUAUACAUGAACCACUGAAAAAGAUUUAG